AUGAGCAAUUCUACUUCAAAUGGGAGAAUCCUAUGCCUUCCUGGAUUCCUCCAGAGUGUAAGAGUUUUUGCAGAGAAAACUACUAGACUAAAGGAACUAUUCGCUGAAAAAAAAAUCGAACUCGAGUAUCUUGACCCUCCAAGGAUAAUAGAAUCAUUACAAGCCCUCCCAUACUAUAACCUGCUUGACAAGGAGGAGGCUGAUGUUAUGUGGAAAAAGACCCUAGCAAAAGAUGCUAAUAAAUGUUGGUUUCUAGUCAAAGAUCCCCAUCUUUAUUAUGGCUUUGAAGAAGCUGUGCAGUAUAUCAUAGACCAUAUUCGAGUACAUGGCCCCUACGACGGGAUUCUUGGCUUUUCCCAAGGUUGUGUCAUGGCCACAACAAUAACCAAUACUAUUCACGAACUCCUACCUUCACACCCCCAUUUCAAGGUGUCUAUUCUUGCUGCGGGGUUUGCAAUGACAGGAAGGAUCGACGACGAAGAAAUGGCCCACAACGAUCAUAGCUAUCACCCAGAGUCGCUCGAAGAGUUCCAGCUGAGUGUUAGAUUACUACCUGCUCAGGAAAGGUACUUCACGCCUCCGAAAGACAACUUCAAUACCAAGUUGUUCUUUAUCUUUGGCCGUAACGAUUUUGUGGUCCCUCCUAUCAGGACAAAGUAUUUAGCACAUUUGUACGAUAGAAGAAGCACCAAGCUCUAUGAACAUAACGGGGGCCACUUUAUCCCCAGAGAAGAUGAAUUUCUCCAGCAGAUUGUGAAGGAUGUAUCCACAGUGGUCAUCCCUACUGCAAAAAUAUAG